AUGGCAGAAACCAAGAUUAGCCUGAAGCUUGUGAUAGACGAGAAGAGAAACCGAGUGCUCCUCGCUGAAGUCGGCAAGGACUUUGUUGAUUUCCUCUUAGAAGCCUUCACUUUGCCGGUCGUGACUGUCGCGCGCUUCCUGAAAAAUGAAGACUUGGCAGGCAGCUUGCAAAGCCUCUACAAUAGCAUUGAAAACCUAAGUGACUCUUUCAUCCAACUAGGACGAAGCAAAGAUUUGGUGUUAAGACCCAAAUUAGUAACGUCUAGAGAUACAGGCUCCCUCAUGCCAAGGGUCGAUCACUGUGCGUUCUUGAAAUUAUAUCGGUGUUUGAAGUCGAACUGCUAUUGCCAUGGUUCUAGAAGAGAUAAGAGCUCUAAAAAUGCCAGUAGCUCUGCACGUCGGUCCACAGUGUCAAAUGCCAAGUUCAAAGUUGAUAAGUUUGAUAGAACAAACAACUUCGGCAUGUGA